CUCAUUUAUGAGGUCGUUUUCCUUGAAACGAAUGGCCAUGCCUGGCUCGCACAAGCUGAUAUAAGUUGUACACAAUUUGCGGGCAAUUCAAGGACGCCACUUCGACUUGCUCUCCUCUGUACGCUAUCCCUAUGCAGGGAGUCAGCUCGUGGAAUAUAUCACACUUGCACGCAUAAUUAUCAUUCGUUCUACACAUGCGCUUAUCAGACACAUCGUAGUAGUAGCGUGGGAAGAAUACGAGAUGAGGAUGAUGCUUCUGUGCAGGCAAUACUCGAACAUCUAACCCGUGGAAACAUUGUAAAGAUGCCAUUAUUACAUUUGUAAAUUCGCUCAUGUUAGUAUCAACCUACAGAAAAAUGGAAAGGACAUUGAGUUCAUCUUUUAGUAAAGUGGAAUGUACUUUGCCGAGGUGAAAAUAUCAAACGUCGAGUUCCUUUUCGCCAAGAGUUUUGGAUGGUGGAUGCCUUUUAUUGAGCAUCUCUUUUAUCUUCUAUACAGCCUUUACAGGCCUGUGUUUUUUUAGCGUUUCAUAUCAAAGCAGUAACAAUGUCAAUGUCGCCACAUUGGAUAGCUGGGUUUAUUUUUGCCAGUUUAAUACUUCAGGUUGUCUGUGUAUCUGGGGAAGCGGUUUGUCCUAAGUUUUGUUCGUGUUCCCAAAUCCCUGAGAAUGGUGAACGAUCUACAGGUCCGACAUCGUCCAUGUCAGUAGUGGAAUGUAUAAUACCGAACACGAUCUCUUCACUAAAUGCAUUCUCAACGCUUUCACUUUAUCCAAGGCUCAGUAUAUCCAGAUUAAUCAUCCGGGAUCAACCUUCGCUAAGUUCUAUCGGCCAAUCUGACCUGACUGGUUUCAAUGAACUCACACACUUAGAAAUCACCAACACCAAUCUCAGUUCUAUCCACGUACAUAGCUUUGAAGGAUUAAAACUGAAAACAUUAGAUUUGAGAAGAAAUCGAUUGAAGUCGAUCACGUGGGAGCCGUUUAUGUACCUGUAUAGCCUUGAAGAAUUAUUCCUUGCCAACAACCCUCUUGUGUGUAGUAACUGUCAGAAUAACUGGCUCCGAGAGCCCCAUCAGGACCUAGAACUAGGUGAAAAUCUCACUUGUGUCGACAAUGGUACACAGAUCUUCAUGCAAACUUUCGUUGUGGAUAACUGCAGAGUUCCAUCUGUGAAUGUGACGCCAAGGCACCUUGAAAUAAAGAAUGGCGACUCGUUCAACGCGAGCUGUGAGGUGGAUGGGGAACCUCACCCUAGCUUGAGAUGGGAUGUAAGUCGAUUGAUGUCUCCUUAUCAACUAGUUAAUAUCAGCGAGAGACAACAGAUUAUCAUGGUUCAGAAUGCAUCAUAUAAGGAUACCGGACUCCUAGAGUGUAUUGUUAGUAGUGUGGCGGGAUGGAAUGCCGCUGAGGUCAACCUUACAGUCAAGGUUGCACCAAAGAUCAACCGGUUCUGGGGACCGAUCAAGAGAUUCCAUUAUUGCAUUGAUCUAAACGUGACGGCCCUACCAACUCCUAAUGUCACCAUUUACCAUAACGGUACCAAGGAACUUCACUAUGAUAGCAGACUAUCCAACGUCACCAUCAACUCACACCCAACAAUGAGAAGAUACGAGGUUACCAACAAGGCUAGGACUCCAUGGGAGAUAUUUGGUUGCCUGACGUUUCUCCUUCCAUCGCACUACGAUAACGGCAACUACACGCUGGUCGUUUCUAACGAACUCGGCUCGGAUAGGAAAAACAUCAGCGCCAUAUUCUUCGAUGGAAGUGAAGCUCCUUACCCUGAGAAACGUGAGACACCUGCUCCCGAUGGCAGUGACAACACCCUCAAACCAAAAACAUCAGGACCUAAAGGACCACCUCUCGACCCUUCUACCCGGCAGCCACAUAAAAUGGACUCGGUUCCUGUUUACAUCUUAGCAGCAGUGGGAGCAGGUAUACUUCUCAUCGUCUUGGUACUGUUUGGUCGGAAGUACUAUACGAAGAAACGCGAAAGAUUCCGAAACCUUGGCGAUGGCAGUGCGACCCCGUUUACAUCAGUGGCAUGUGUUCUGGAUGCGAAGAGAGGAGAAGACCGAGUUGAUUUGGUCCACAUGAUUCCUAAUCCUAACUACCUGGCUCGAACGGAUCGUAGAUCUGGUAGUACUGCAAUCAAUCACAUUUCUCGUGAUACCAUCCGAUUCAUUGGUGAGCUUGGUGAAGGAGCAUUCGGUGUAGUGUGUCUGGGACAGUGUGAGGGACUUCCUGGAGCUGAAGGUCCCACCAUGGUAGCCAUCAAGACACUCAAAGAUGCCUCAGUUGGGGACGCUAGGACGGACUUUGAGAGAGAAGCAGAAUUACUCACUAAUCUACAACAUAAGAACAUUGUAACGUUCUAUGGAGUCUGUAUCGACCACGAACCUUUCUUCAUGGUCUUUGAAUAUAUGGAGAAUGGAGAUCUAAACAACUAUCUGAAAUCCCGCGGCCCUGAUGCUGAUUGCUUUACCCGUAGCCAAGCUUUACUUCCCUUGACUGUAAAAGAACUUCUCUACAUUGCAAAACAAAUAGCUUCUGGUAUGGUUUAUAUGGCUUCUCAACACUUCGUCCAUCGAGACAUGGCUACCCGGAAUUGCUUGGUCGGGGAUCGACUCAUUGUGAAGAUAGCAGACUUUGGCAUGUCAAGGGAUGUUUAUAGCACAGACUACUACAGGGUUGGAGGCCAUACCAUGCUACCUGUCCGCUGGAUGCCCCCUGAAAGCAUUAUCUACAGAACGUACUCAGUGGAGAGUGACGUAUGGAGCUAUGGUGUUGUCCUUUGGGAGAUCUUUGAGUAUGGAAAGCAGCCUUGGUUUGGACUAUCUAAUCAUGAGGUAAUUGAGUACAUUCAUAAUGGAAUAUUACUGGACUGCCCGAAAGGAUGCCCCAAGGAGGUCUACAAGAUCAUGUUAGGAUGUUGGCAGCGACAACCCACACAGCGCAUGCUCAUCAAAGAUGUGCACGACGCCAUCUCUCGGCUAUCCGAUGAGAACACUCCCAUGGUUGACAUUGUCGGGAGGAACACUUUGGUGUAGAGAAUGCUUUCAAAUCCGGACUUUACCAUAAAGGACCUCGUUCAAAGGAAUGAUUGGAGGUUGUUUGCUCUUCUAUAAAUCAGUACAGUUUAAAGCCGGAUAUGACACGCUUCAUAUGGACUAUGAUAUAUUUAUCUACUAACUUGCCAUGCACAGGAGAAGGAGAAAACGGGCGCACUUUGUUGAAAAGUUGUUAUGUUUGUAUAGAUACCAAAAUGAAGUAAUGUAUUUGUAAUGACUAUGUAUGAUGCAGUCACAAUGUAAGAGACAACCUGUCACAUUUAUAUUUACUUAAUUUGUUUUAAUGCUGAUGAAAAUGAAUGUCUUGAUUCUUUGAAACCGUGCAUUUGCCAAAUGAAUUGUUAUAUUUUGGGAGAAUGCUAUAUGAAAAUUGCUCUUUUAGUAUGAUUUUUUUAAAGAUGUAAGCUAGUAGAAUAAGGAUCGCGCUUGGCUUUCGUAUUAUGUCAUUUUCUUGACAUUCCAUCUGGUGAGAAUUCUUGUUUUUAUUUGUUCUUAUUAUCAACAUCUGGGUCCCUAACACAAAGGUUAGUGAUUAAUCGGUCAACGAAAUGGCCCAUCUAGAUCAUCGUUGCAUGUGCAUUUUGCUCAGUAGACUAACAAUUAACCAAUCAGAAUUGUUCUUUCAUAUUAGCGAUUAAUCGUUAAUCUUGAUGUCACGAGGCCCCGGAGGGCUGUCCCAGAAAGAGAUGUGGUCAUAGCAAGUUCUAAAAUUGAGGCAUUUUAUUUGAAAUCGAUUUGUUCUUGAUUCGUUUUAUUUCGCUUUGAUUGCCAAUUCUUUCUGCAAGGGUUCCAUUACAUUUGCUGCGUUAUGGCUCUGAUAGAAAAUCGGCACGUUUAGCCAAACAUAAAACCUAAUCUCAAAAAUUAAAUUAAGGCUAACCUUCUCUUUGCAUUAUUCUGAACCAAAAACUAUAUUUCAAUCCUAACUCUAACCCUCUUAGAUCAGGAACAAAUGUCUUGUCACCUCUGGAACGCCCCUCCCCCUCAUUUUUUCACUGCCAAUUUAAAUCCCAUUCAGUUUGUAAAAUCUUUAGUUAUAGAUCGAUAGCGAGUUACGAAGUAAAUUACAACAUACAGGAUAUCUACUUCGCGAGUCUAAUGGGGGCGCUUUAGGAUAUAAGGCAAUUUCUCGGAUCGUUAGCUUCUCUGAUGAGAGCCUCGGUUUAUUUUUUUCAUCUAGCAUCGUAGGCCUUCAUAGACGUGAACAUGUCGACUGUUUUGUUUAUAUCAGUGAAAAUGGGUCGUAUUUCGUAGAGUAUUGGUAUAGUUUUCUUGUGUAGGAAGUAUGAGAAUCGUUUAUCGGGUGUACAGUGUUGAAGCUGAUUAAAGGACAAGUCCACCCCAACAAAAACUUGAUUUGAAUAAAAAGUGAAAAAUUCAACAAGCAUUACACUGAA